ACUCGCGGAGUGUUUGGGUGACAGGUCGGAGUGGGGGGUGGCAGUGUGGAGCCUGGAGAGCCUGGUGGCCAGCAGAGCCUGACGGACCAGAUGACGUCGGCUCGUCAAGGAAGGUAGAUGCUUGCGCCUACGGACAACCAGACUGCGCUGCAGACCGACCCGAGAGCGGCACCUAAGCAUGCAAGAUAAGAAAAUGCACGGCGACAAAAUCCAGGUGUUCGUCACGCGGUCAGCGAUGGGUGGCCGAGGAGACGACUGGGCCCGACCCGCGUCACGGCCCGCAGAACCGUCGACAGCUGAGCGGAAAAACCAGCGGCCGCAGAGCUUUUGCGGUCGACUGAGGCAGCACGGCAGCGAUUACUGCGAGGAAACGUCGCUGCACGGAGUGAAGUACGCGUGCCGCGAAAUCAGCUGGAAACGAUGCUAUUGGAUACUGGUGCUGCUAGGCAUGGCUAUCACGGCUGGUUGGUUGAUCUUCAACGUGAUCGACAACUUUAUCAACUCGCCGACGCUGAUCAGCAUCGAUACGACCGAGUACCCGAUCCACAAGGUGCCGUUCCCUGCACUGACCAUCUGCAACAUGAACAAGAUCAACGUGAACCACAUCCCUCCCAGCCAGGUGGAGGUGUUUGGCCGGGAGCGGUUUGACGCCGAGGAGUGGCUGAGCCGCGUGACCAGCAUCCUGGAUAUGGUGUACGCCGGCUGUACCGAGGGACUCUGCUCGUCAGAGCAAGAAGAGGACGAACACCUCACGAACCAGGAGAUCAAGAAAGUCAUACAAUUGACGGCGCCGUCAUGUGAAGAGAUGAUGUUCAAAUGCUCGUGGAGAGGCACCAACUAUCCGUGCUCGGAGUUGUUCGAGACGCAUCAGACAGACUUUGGCUUCUGCUGUCUCUUCAACGCAGUAUACAACGUGUCAAGGGAGGACGAGAUCCGCUACUCGGGCGCCGGGGACACCAACGGUCUCACGGUGAUGAUCGACGCCAGACGAUACGAGUACUUCAUGUCGAAUUUCCUCUCCGUAGGGUUCAAGCUGCUGGUGCACGGCAGUCAUGACGAGCCCGAGGUGGGGGAGCGGGGCAUGGCCGUGCCUCCCGGACAGGAGAUCUUCGUGGCCGUCGGGGCCGAGCAGACUUUUACAACAAAAAGAGCGGUUGAGAAGUUCACCCCUCAAAAAAGGAAUUGUUUCAAAGAAGAUGAAGUCAAGCUCCAGUUUACCGAUACUCCAAUAUACACUCUGGCAAACUGUCUCAUCAGUCACGAAGCUGAAGAACUACACAAAAAGUGCGGCUGCGUCGCGUGUUAUAUGCCAGGCAAUGGCGAGUUAUGCCACGAAAAUGACAUGCCCUGUCUGCAUAAUUAUUUGGAACGACUAUCAAAGGACUUUGAGCUGAGCACCCACUUUUGGGACAACUGUCUGCCUGCGUGCGACGAGACCAAGUACUGGACGGAGCUCUCCAGCUCGCAGUUCCCCAGCCCGGAGCUCAUCAGAAACGACGCCUUCACGGACACCUUCCAGGCGAUCCUCGAGAGAAUCUGCUUCGCCGUCGAUAAAAACAACUUCGGAGAAUGGGACGACAUGAUCCAGCCGCACUGCCCUAUGGUGACCAGUGGGAAGACCAUGGAGCUGAUCUCGACCAACGCCACACUGUCGGCUAACCUAUACGACAUGGCCGUCCAGUAUGCACAGGAAAACAUGGCAAAGGUUCACUUUUACUUCAAGACGAAUUCGGCCACCCGCUACAAACGUGAUGUCGUUUUCACCAACGAUCAGCUAAUCGCCAACAUCGGUGGACUCCUGGGCCUCUUCAUGGGAUUUUCCAUCGUCUCUGUCUUUGAGCUAAUCUACUUCUUCAUUCUGAACCACUUCAAGGGCGACACAAAGGGAACACAAAGUGUAACGCCAGUCACAAAACAACCCGGAUAAUAAUGGAGGGCAGCAGAUAUCGAGCUGAGAACUGAGAAGGAUUGUGUCGAUCCAUUAUUGUCCCAGUCCCAGCAUGGUGUGACAGGAACUCGUGGGGUUGUGUGGGGGACCUCUUCUACAGCAGUGGGUGGCGUUUGACUCAAGCAAGGUUUUGCAGAGCCUUGUUAGCCACCGAUCGACUUCGAUCGCCUAUCUCGCGCUACUUUUGGUUGUUGACGAUAGUUGAUGAAUGAACACACAGCUAGCUGUAGUAGGUAGUGUGUGCGAUACCACGAUAAUGAUAGUUGCUUGCAUUCUACACUUUUAUCACAUAUUUUAAGUGUAUUUUACGCGUGAAAUAAUUUCUGUCGCCUGCUCCUAUUCAAUUGAAAUUGUCGUAAGAAUUAUUUCAGCAAAAUGACUGGUGUCGACUGAAAAGCUCAUUUUAGCCUGAAAUGUCCAUCGCCUCACUCAGCAAAAUUAAUUAAAUUUGUAGGUUUUUCCUGUUUUUCUUUCCUCCUUUAAAGACAGCAAAACAUUACUUUUAAAAUUAACCGACCGUGUUUACCUAACACGAAUUAAGUCAAAUAAAUUAAGAGUUCAAGUUUCAAAUCUUAAAUAUUUUUCUAAAACUUUAAAGUAGAUAUAAUACCUAACGCUGACAAUUUAUGGACGAAAAAGAUUAACAGAAAAUUAAUAAGUGCUCUUAAUAUCAAUCUUUUUUGGACGUGGUGUGCUGACUCAAAUCAAUGUGAUAUGAUAGCCUUAGGAGAAGUGUCAAAUGUACUAAAUUGCGAUAUCGAGUCACACUCACUGCAGUGGUGCAGGGCACGAGCAAAAGAGCUUUAGUUCACCAAUAGAUAUUUUUUGACUGCCUACAGGCUUCAAGAUUAUUUUCCCUUAUAUGUCCUCGUGUAGCUCUUGCAAAGGACUCGGAACACAUUUAGCAAUUUCAGAAUUCAUUGAUCAUGUUCGAAUAACUUUCGAAUUUCAUGAUCAUGUUCGAAUUUCUUUCGCCUCUUUUCGUCCUUUCUUGCUACAGGUAAACAAACGACACCACACUUGAAAUGUGAUACCGGUACUCAAGCAAACUAGCACUGAAAAGCAAAACAAUGCCGCCCGAUGUCAUAUCGAUAUAAUUGCUCAAAUAUUUAACAAACAACGAAAAUACUCGCGUUAUUAUCAAAUCAUUGAUAUCAUUCUGAUUGUGAUUAUUUUCAUGUCAAUUUUAAAAGCAACAUGUGUCGUAGGUAAGCUUGAUCUAUUAGUUAUGUAUUUAAGAUUAAGUGUCGAUGAACUUGUUACCCUGUAUAGAAUAAAGCUGUGGGAAAGGUGUGCAGGCACAUGGAUAAGCAAUAAAGCAUGCUUACAAAAUGGCGUCAAAAGAUGUAGAUAGCGCCGAUACGUUUCGUUGAUGAUGGGCUGUUACAAUGCAAGCGUAUAUCAUAAAAGGACUGUUCAUACUCGUCGCUAAAUGAAUCAUGUGUGCCUUUUUCCACAACAUCAUGAAUCUUUAUUGAUCUGUGUGCCUCACUCUACACUUCAUUAUAAUAAAAUAAAUAUUUCUUUAAAUA